AUGUCUUUCACGGAGAAAGUUUGUCUGAAAGUAUACUGGAAUACUACUUAUACAACUGAACCUGAUGGGACUAUCACGGUACAGCAGGAGGCGCAGGACGGUUAUCUUAUCAUUGAUCAUGAAGAUAAAGAUGAAGAUGGAGAUGAAGAUGAAGAUGAAGAUGGCGGGGGUGUCGAAAGCAGUGAUGAUGAGUACGUCCCAUCGGAUGAGGACUCAGAUGACGACACUGAUUUUGAGUCAUCUUCUUCAGUCCCAUAUGUUUUCGACGACAUCAGUGGAUGGGACAAGACUUUAGAGGAAGUAGAUUGUGAUGGGAUUCAAAUGUGGGAUGGCAAUCCAUUGACGCUAGGCCUUGAUGCAAACAUUGAUAUGAUCCAGAAAUGUCAGAAUGUUCUACCUCCUAAGCCAAUGAAACUGUAUGAAGAGGCCCAGAAGAAAUCAUUGAGGCAAAAGAUCAACCAGUUUAGCAAGAAAAACCAGAAGUACGAAGUGGUUACAAUAGCACCUGAUAAUCAACCAUGGAAGGCUGAGGAGAAGCAAGUUGUGCUCUAUGCAGAUCAAGAGUGCACUUGCGGAAGGUGGCAGACUUUCAGAUUUCCUUGUUCCCAUGCACUUCGAGUUGCCUGUGAGCUAGGUGACGACCCCUUCCCACUUUUUGAUCCAUGUUACACUACGCAGCAAUGGUACCAGCAGUUUUCUGGAGAAUUCAACCCAAUCAUGGAACCAUGGCCAAAGGCAACGUGGCAGAUCAAGCCAGAUGACACUAAACUUGUCCACCAUGCUGGCCGGGGUCGAAAGCGUGUGAAUCGGAAAAAAGGUGUGAUGGAUUAUACAAGCAAAUCUGGCCAGCAAAGACUCCAAACUUGCAGUUUAUGUAAACUACAGGGCCAUAAUGCCAGGGCUUGCCCAUAUGCGAGAGUUUGCGCACGAUGUGGAAGUUUAGAUCUUGAUGCUGUGGAAUGCCCAUUUUCUCAUCCACCUGCUGACAGGACCGCUAUUGAUAAACUUUACGAUCCAUAUGGAAUUCGUGAUCCGGAGUAUCUCUUGUGGUAUCAUCAGGUUACUGUAAAGUAUGUUACGGAUCCGACGGACUCUGAAAAUACGAGGAGUUUUCACGGCUCUGCAGAGACCUUGCGCCUCAUGGCCACAUUGAUGGAGGACGUUCGUAGUCUGAGUAUUAUAGGCCAGCGUACUUUCGACGCGGACUCCUUUGGUUAUGAUCGCUUAGGCGAGAUUGCGCAGGUUGCUGAGCGGGCAUUGUCCGUCAAUGCAACGAAUGUUGUACAUCACGAUCUCGAUAGGCAUGUUGAGUCUCCACACCAUUCUCUGCAGCAUUCAUCCCAUCAGUCUCCACAUCAUUCUCCACAUCAUUCAUCCCAUCAGUCUCCACAUCAUUCUUCGCCGACCCAACAGGCGUUUUACCGUCCCAUUAUGUCUUCCCAGCACCAGCAGUCCCAUUUUGCCUUCACUCAGUUUUCCUCCCCUCAGACUUCUCAGCCUCAGUUUGGAGAUGCUUUUAUUGACUUUUCUGGGUUCCAGCAGAGUUUGCUAGAUGGCCAGUCGAUACAUUACACGAGUAACUUUCUUUCGAGUAUGUUCGAGGGUGUUGCGGGUCAGCAUCAGGCUGAUGACCCAGCUGGAGGUGAGCGUGAGAGUCAGGGUGAAGAUGAGGCUGGGAUGAGGCUGAGGAUACAAACCAGGAUGAUCAGUUUGAGGGUCAGGGUUAUCAGCGCCAUGAGGAGCAGGGAUCGAGUCAGACUCUAG